AUGGCUCUGUCACUUGUGGGAGACUAUGGGGGUUCGGGUUCUUCUUCCGAGGAGUCAGAGGAGGAGUCAGAGGAGGAGCAAAAGCCGAAGAAACCUCAGGUCUCCCUCCCGUCAGCCGCGGAUCUGUUCGACAGCGUAGACACGAGCUCCGCCUCCUUCCUGUCCGCCCCGGCGACAUCAGCAACAGACGCCCCGCUCACAACACCCAAGCGCAAGAAAACAGAUGGCGGCGGCAGUAGCAACAAGAAGAGCAAGGACUCGAAGGGGGGGGCGGGGAGCGCGAACAAGGGCCUGGUUCCCCCGCAGAUGUCUCGGCCGAAUAUCGUCACGGAGGAUUCUGCCUUGUGGUCCUCGGACGCGUCGAGGAAGCGGCAACGGCAGGGCGAAGCGGAGAGGAGAGGGGCCGCCGCCGCGGCUGCGGGGGGAGCGGGCAAAGGGAAAGGUGGGGGCGCGAAAGAGUUGACGUUCAAGCAGAGAGAGAAGGCAAAGCGAGACAAGGGGCAGGCGUCGCGAGGCAAGAGCUACGUCGAGGAGGAGAAGCGGUUGCUGAGAGAACUCGGCUCGUCAUAGCUGGCUCUCUCACGUGUUUUCCCGAUUGAUAGAUGCAGUACACCACCACCGCUCAAAAGACCUAAGUACGUACGCGCGUUUUGGAUGGUUCGCUCUCCACCUGACAGCCUAUUUCGCGCUGUUUAUACGUUGCCGCAAGUUUCAGCAGCAAGUCAGCGAGGUUGUGCUGUUUCAGCUGAGUGUAGCGUUUCAUUUCGUAUGGGUCUUCGUAUGUCGGUACCCAGUCAAAUCGAGAGUCGCCCGAUUUGCUUUUUUUUUCGUAAGGCUAACCUUGUGAGGAUAUCGACUUUUUCCGCUGAAAGUUGGGUGGUUAUCAACGUACGGCUCCGUUGGUGAACUAACGGAACGAGAAUGCGCGUGCACAGGGGCAGGCAGCCUUCUUUUGGAAACACAAACCACCGCAGCGUCGCAAUAAUGCCACCUAGCGGCGCAAUAGACUUUGCGACAGCAGCAUCGGUGUGUCAUGUGCGGUUGUCGCAUGCGAUUGGCAGUGCUCGACAACAUGUCGAAAGAAAAAAAUUGGUGGGUGUACAUCAGUCCUACUGCUGUACAUACUGUAGUCUAUAUUCAAGUCGCCUAAAACAGCAGCGAAGUACUUUCUUAAAACAGCAAGUUGUCAAACGACACUGCGCCAUGUUCCCUGUGAAGGCCACAUUCUACAAAAAGUUCAGAAUGUAUCCGCCUAUACAGAUGCCUUUGUUCUUAGCACCAACUGGCAUCACUGAUAACUCAGUGUUAGGCUUACACAAACUCAAAAUAAGCCAAGUCUCCACUCGGUUUCAAUCCACUUACUGAAAAUAUUUCACCACAUCCCUUUCGACUGAGGUUAUAUCUCGAACGGGUACAAUAGUCUUUCUGGGAGGUUAUGGUCACUUUCAAUAAAAAAAUUCCGUCCGAGGCAAAGUUACCCUUAGCUUGCAGAAGGCGCACAUAUAUUUCCUGUACAUUGUUGAAUGCCCGUAGCCCGAAGAUACCGAAAAACAAGCUUCUUGGUGGGAAACCGCCGUCGCGCGAAAAAUACGGCACACGACAAACUGGACGUGAGGGUAGCCCCGCUUUCCGCCAGCAAAUGGUAUCAUCUUGCCGGAGCUUAUGCCCCGCCCCGAUUGACGGCCGAUGGUUUGACUCUCGCAUUUUGUUGUACGACACCGCUAGUGGUGGCUUUUCGUCAUUGCUCCGCCUUCUUCUGGAGGGCAAACUCGAUCCGACCCCACAGCUCCAUGUCACGCAUUCGUUUC